AUGGCGGACGUCACCGCGAAGCCCGGCCAGAACGUUUGGGUUCAACGCACGCAAAGCGCCGCAAAGAUGUUUUACGUCCACCAAACGAUCAUCCGCCAACUCCACGCGACGUUAGAGGCGCUACAGGCGAAGGCUGGACGCGUGGAUGAGGAGGCGGUGCUGCUCUCCAACCUCCGCUUUGACGCGCUGCGGGAUCUCCGCGAGGUGGCCUCCUCGCCCAGCGGCGCGCGGGCGAACUCCGCGCGGAAGCGAAGCCACGCGGAUCACUCGCGGAGCCGCAGCGGCAAGGCGCUCCGUCGCGCGCCCUGCGCCCAAGGCGGGGAGGGCAGCGUCCACCUCACCUCUUUCACGAGCGACCUCUCCCCUUUCUUCGCGGUGCUGCGGGAGCUGGAGCCGACGCUCGCGAGCUACGACGACAAGAAGCGUCACCGCAUCAGCGGGAUGCUCUGGGCGGCCUACAAGGCGGCCCCCAUACCGGCCACGGGCUCCAGCGAGGCUGCCUCGCAGGAGCAAUCCGUCUCCUCCAUGCCGAUCCUCCCUUCCGCCGCGUUCGCGGAGGGGAAUUCGAUUCUCUUCGCCAACGCCACGCUGCCCACGCCGUUGAUACCACCGCUACAGCCGCAACUGCAACCUCCCCCUCCCCCUCUCCCAUCGCAGAUGCCGCAGCCGCUUUCCGUGCGCUCCUCGCUUGGCAUCGCGGAGACCUCCACCACCAGCCUGUCAAAGGUGAUGAACCUGUCGACGUUGACGACGACACCGACAACGUCGCAGUGCAUCAUGAAGCGCCCCCGUGAGGUGCCUACCAUCCUUUGGGAUGAUAUUCUGCGGCUACGGGGUCUGCAGCUCCAGUUGAAGGAGAACAUCAAGGCGAUACGAAAGGAAAUCGUCUUACAGAUCCGACGACUCAAUUUAGUACAAGAGAUGAAUAUGGUCGCCAACCACGCCCUUCAAGGAUCUUUGGCAUCUGAUCCAAAAAAGCCAAUGAGCGCCCCAAAUGUCGAUACGGGACUUAGAAAAAAAAAAUGA